CGAGCGGAGCCGCGGCCCGGAUGUAGCCGGAACAUGGCGCUGGGGGCGGCGUGACGGCGGCGGCCGAGAUCUUUCCACCAUGUUCGGGAAAAAGAAGAAAAGGCUGGAAAUUUCCGGGCCCUCCAACUUCGAGCACCGGGUCCACACUGGCUUCGACCACCGGGAGCAGAAGUUCACGGGGCUGCCCCAGCAGUGGCACAGUUUGCUGGCGGACACGGCCAACCGGCCGAAGCCCAUGGUGGAUCCCUCAUGCAUCACUCCCAUCCAGCUGGCUCCUAUGAAGACUAUUGUUCGAGGAAACAAGCCUCGAAAGGAUACUUCAAUCAACGGCCUGCUGGAGGAGUUUGACAAUAUCUCAGUGACACGCUCCAAUUCCCUGCGGAAGGAAAGUCCUCCCACCCACCACCAAGGAAAUGUAAACCACGUGCCGAGGCACCAGGAGGAAAAUGGCUACAUCACGUAUUCCCAGUACUCCAGUGAGUCAGACACUACAACAGACUACGUCGUGGAGAAGUACCGAGACAAGACUCUGUACGGGGAGGAGCUGGACAGGUACUACAAGGGCGGCUACGCCGCCAAGCAGAACGGGCACAUGAUGAAGGUGACGUCCCGGGACAUCUAUUACUCAGAAGUGACACCCCUGCAGUCAGACCUCUCCAGGUUCCUCCCAGAUUACCACGCACACCUGGAGACCAAGCCCAAACCGCUGGAAUAUGGCGGCCUAAAGCUGGAGUAUCAGCGGAUCCCCAGCGGAUCCUCCCUGGACUACGGAGAUUCCUUUCCUUACGCCCCGUCCCGAGCGUCGGUGCAGAGCGAGUGCCCCAGGGAGAGGCUGGAGUACGGUGACGGUGACUGGGGACACGGCCUGAGCAAGGAUGACUAUGAUAAGAGGCCAAAGUCAUCCUACGUGGACCCUGCGAGCCCUCAGCCAGCCAUGAGGCAGAGAUCCAGGUCAGGCUCUGGCCUGCAGGAGCCGGCCAUGCCCUACGGAGCAAGCGCCUUCAAAGCACACCAGCAAGGACAUUCCUACAGCUCCUACACCUACCCCCGCCUGUCCGAAACCGCAGCAGGCGUUCCCAAGGUGGAUUAUGACCGAGCACAGCUGGUCGUCAGCCCACCGCUCUCUGGGUCGGACACCUACCCCCGGGGCCCAGUCAAGCUACCUCAGAGUCAGAGCAAAGUCAGCUACUCCAGCAGCAGCUAUCAGUACCCUCUGGUCUACCACAAAGCACCCCACUAUCACCAGCCGCCUCUCCAGCCCGGCUCUCCCUAUAUUUCCACCGCCUCCUACCCCAGCUCCCCGAGUAUCACGUCAAGUGCUUAUCCUCCCCCCAGCUGGGGCUCCUCCUCGGACCAGCAGCCCUCCAGGGUGUCCCACGAACAGUUCCGAGCUGCCCUGCAGCUCGUGGUCAGCCCCGGAGACCCCCGGGAGUACUUGGACAACUUCAUCAAGAUCGGGGAGGGCUCCACAGGGAUCGUGUGCAUCGCCACCGAGAAGCACACGGGGAAGCAGGUCGCUGUGAAGAAGAUGGACCUCAGGAAACAGCAGAGAAGGGAGCUGCUCUUCAAUGAGGUUGUGAUCAUGAGGGAUUACCACCAUGAGAACGUGGUGGACAUGUACAACAGUUACCUGGUCGGGGACGAGCUCUGGGUCGUGAUGGAGUUCCUGGAGGGCGGCGCUCUGACAGACAUCGUCACUCACACCAGGAUGAACGAGGAGCAGAUCGCCACGGUGUGUCUGUCCGUGCUGAGAGCCCUGUCCUACCUGCACAACCAGGGCGUCAUCCACCGCGACAUCAAGAGCGACUCCAUCCUGCUCACCAGCGAUGGCAGGAUAAAAUUGUCUGACUUUGGGUUCUGUGCCCAAGUGUCAAAGGAGGUCCCCAGGAGGAAGUCCCUGGUUGGAACCCCGUAUUGGAUGGCGCCAGAGGUGAUAUCCCGCCUGCCCUACGGCACUGAGGUGGACAUCUGGUCCCUGGGCAUCAUGGUGAUCGAGAUGAUCGAUGGGGAACCCCCCUACUUCAACGAGCCGCCGCUGCAGGCCAUGCGCCGCAUCCGGGACAACCUCCCGCCCCGCGUGAAGGACAUGCACAAGGUCUCCUCGGUCCUCCGGGGCUUCCUGGACUCGAUGCUGGUGCGGGAGCCCUCGCAGAGAGCCACGGCACAGGAACUGCUGAGACACCCCUUUCUCAAACUGGCUGGGCCCCCCUCCUGCAUCGUGCCCCUCAUGAGGCAGCACAGGCAUCGCUGAAGCUUUUUGGGAAGAGGUCAGUGCAGAGCCUGGCUCAUGGCGUGUGGGAUCCGCAGGCAGGGAGGAGGAAAACCUUGUGAAGGAAAGCAGCCCUGUGGAAAUAUCACGGUGUAUAGAGAACCCCAAAGCCAGGCAGCGCUCUCUGUGCUCCCGCUGUGCCAGGGACAGGGAGCAAUCCCAGCCCUGCUCCGCCAGGCACCGGCGCUCCCAGCACUGCUGUCUGCCGGGCCAGCCGGGCAGAAGGCACCAAACGCCAGCGUUGGAAAGGUAAUUUAGCAGAGGAGAGCACAGCCAGAGCAAAACACCUGAACUUUACUGCAGGCUAUGGCACUUCUGUUUCAGAAGAACACUUUUCUGACAAAACCAAGCACUUUUUAUCUCGGUCAGAGCAGCGCAAUGUAUUUUGCAACAAGUUUGUAAUUUUCUGUACAGUACAUUUUGAUAACUUGCAGUACUUUGUCAUGUAACUGUUGUGUUGGUUGAAGUAAUAAGUGUAACCUAGC